AUGUCCAAGUUCUUCAGCAAGCUCGGCUCGCGCAGGCAGUCCUCCGAAGCGGGCAGCUCGCCAGGCGGUACGCCACGGGCCUCGCGCGACCGCGCCGUGACCCUUCCGUCAGGAACAUCGUCCCAGGCAUCGACGCCGUCGUCCGAACGCGCGCCACCGCCACCGCCGUUGCCGCCGCGCGUGCAGGUCACCGCCGCGCGCUCCCCCUCCCCGGCCAGCAGCAGCAUCUCUGGCCCACAUGUCACGGUCGUCCCCCCGUCCCCUUCAAGCAUAUCCGCGUCUGUAAUGCCCGAGGCGAACGGGAAGAACAAACCCCACAAUGACGACGACUCAGAUUCGUCGUCAGGCUCUGUCAACGAAGCCGAGUUUGGCGUCGCGCGCAAGCGCCCGUCGCCGCUGGAUGAUUUCGGGGAGGGAGGCGAGGAUCUGCGGACGCCCACGCCUGGGCGAGUGAAAGCCCCGUUUAGCGACUCGCCCUCGACGUGGGCCACAUCCCCAGCCAGCAUCGGAAAUUCCUCAAACGGCUCUACGUCUGCACGACCAUCGACUGCGCCUGGCAGCGCCAAUUCCACGACUUCGCCCACCGCCACGUCGCCCAAAUCUCCAAAGUCGCCGGCCAAAUCACCCAAAUCUUCGAUGGACGACAACGACGCUACACCCACGAGUCCUGCCGAGCGCCAUGCGCGUGCAGCGACGUACAAUGGCCCAGUAGACCCUGCGUUGCUGGUGCCGACGCGCAAUGGCCGCGAUGCCGACGCCGUGUCCAUGUCUUCCCGACGGUCGCGCAACCUCUUCAAGCGCCCAUCAUUCAAUCAAGGGGAAGCGCCCGCCAAGUCGACUUCGCCGCGCCGAAAGCAGACAGGCCCUUCUGGAGGACUUGCAGGCGCAAUUGCCUCUUCGGGACUGGCCAUGGCUAAUCCUGGCUUGACGGGCGUGCCACUACCAGAUACGUGGAGCCCGGCUAGGAAGGAUACUUGGAAAGACGGCGGGAAGAAUGGCGACCCACCGCCUUCGCCACCCAGUCGCAAACCGCAGCAUCGCUCGCCUGCGCUUUACGGCGACCCGGCACUGACGAUCCCGCGGAGCCGCGCUGGGAGCGUCAGUAACGCGUCCGACAUCGGUGAUGGCGGCUUCUCUUCUGCCGUCUCCGACGCAUCGUCUUCUGCCGGCGGAGCGGAUAGCGAGAGCGAGGAUGCCGCAUUGCUAGCCGAACUCGGCGCUGAUAUACCGGUCACUGGCUUUGCGGUGGCGAGCAACAAGCGGAAUUACGACUUCCAUGAGCUGUUCCCCAGUGUACCGGAAGGAGACUAUCUCAUCGAAGAUUAUGGAUGUGCGUUGCAAAGGGAUAUCCUGAUACAAGGACGGCUGUAUAUCAGCGAGCAUCACAUUUGCUUUCAUGCCAACAUCUUUGGUUGGGUGACAGACGUGAUCAUUCCCAUAGCCGAAAUCGUGUCAGUGGAGAAACGCAUGACGGCGUUUGUUAUCCCGAACGCCCUCCUCGUCAGUACACGCACAGCAAAGUACGCCUUCGCGAGCUUCCUCGCACGCGACACCGUCUACGACGUGAUAGACAACAUCCGCAAACUCGAACGUCCCGACCCUGACGCUCCUCCAACAGGCGAAGGCCACGACCUCAUCCUGACGUCAGGCUCACCUCCGCCAGUCGGCACGCCGGGCGCGGUGGCUACCGUGCAGGCCCACAAGCCCACGCAAUGCGCGUGCGGAAAAGAAGGCAAACACUACACUGAGACCGCGCUCGAGAGUGUGUUGCCAGGCACGCCGGAGAGGAUAUACAACCUCAUGUUCGCGAGCGGGUUCAUGAAGGACUUCCAGCGCAAUGAACAAAAGCUUGAGGAUAUCCAAGUCAGUGACUGGGCGCCGGGAGAGAACAAGAGCCUGUCGAGGAACAUGAGUUACAUCAAGCCUCUCAACGGCUCGAUCGGUCCCAAGAGCACAAAAUGCGAGAUCCACGACGAGACGGUUCACACCGACUGGGACGACUACGUGACGACGCUAACGACUACGCGCACGCCAGACGUGCCGAGCGGAAACGUGUUUUCCGUCAAAACUCGAACAUGCAUCAUGUGGGCUUCGGCUGUCACCUCGCGUAUCGUCGUGACGACCCAAGUCGAGUGGACCGGGCGCAGUUUCAUCAAGGGCAUCAUCGAGCGCAGCUGCAUCGACGGCCAGAAGACGUACCAUGCCGACCUCGAUAAGGCGAUGCGCGCCUACAUCAACGCGCAUAAACAGGAGUUCCUCCCCGCCGGCCUCGAAGACGUCGUCUCUGCACCCGAUCCGUCCGAACCGCCUACGAAGGAUGCUCUGCCUCUCAAUGGUACCGCCAUCAGCGCUUCUGCGCAGGUGCAGGAGAAGUACAACGAGAAGCAGCGGGAGCGGGAACGGAACGCGAGGGGGAUGCAGUGGGCUUACGACACAUUCGAGGGUGCAUUGGGCGUCGCGAAGCGCUCGACAUCCGGUGCCCUCGAUCUUCUCGGCGACGCAUGGGAUCAGACGCCCAGUACGGCGAUCCUGUGGUUCGUCAUUAUCGCGCUACUACUCUCCAACUUCUGGACGAUCGCGAACAACCGCAAGAUCGACGCGGAGAGGGAGGCGAGGAGAACGUUGUACGGCGAGUCGAGGAAGGAGAUGUUUGGGUAUGACGCUCCACGGACGCGGCCGACGCAUGGACGUCCUGUCGAGGAGGAGUGGGUUCAGUCGGCUGUGCAGAGCUUCUUGGAAGAACUUGCGGCACGGCGCGGGACGAGUAGCGCAAGUACAGCGCCGCCUGCCGCUCCGACAAGCGGAGAGGAUAUGAAGGCGCAGAUCAAGGAGCUCGGCGCGGCGCUUGAUGCGGUGGAAGAGAGGAUCAAGGCGUUGAGGGCCAGUCUUGCAGAGCUCGACUGA